AAUGAUUGACCCGCUCAAGCCGUGUCUGUGUGUACUGUGGACUCGAAACGAGGGCGAUAACUGGAGGCACCGGCCACGAGAACCUUAGAUAAUCCUCGGAGAUUAUCGACUGUUACGGAGUAUUGUGGUCAUUCAUAGCGAUCGCUGGCCAGAACGACUUAGGGAGUAAAACUACCUCCUACUCCGUAGAUAUUGGCAGUUCUUAGCUCGUGGCUGGCGUAUGGCUCUCCACAGCCCCCCCUGAUCCUCUCCUGGCUUUCUUUUUUAUUCCACCAUGUGUUUGUUUUCUUGACCUUGUAUAUCUUUUUGUGUUUAGUUUUGUUGAUUCAGGUUUGAUUGUUUUUUUCCGUUUUUCUUUUUUUUUUAUUUGUUUUGUUUUUGUUUCGUUCCCAGCUGGCCAUGGAGAACUCGCCGGAAACGGACCAGAAAACCGCAGCUGGUCCUGCAGAAGCAGAAGCUCAAGCACAACCACCACUACAAGAACAGCGACAAGCUCGAGCAGAGAUACGAGAGCAGCUGCAACGACAGACCUCGCAUCCCCAUGGCUCGGCUCGACAUGCCAAACGUUUGACUCUGAAUUUCCCCAUCAACCCGCCCUCGCUUGUCGCCUUGUCCUCCGUUGAAACGCCCUCGUCGAGCUCGCCGGCCAUGGCCCCGUUUGGAUUAUCGUCAAUAGGAGGUGGAGGAGCUGGAGCUGGAGCUGGAGCUGGAGGCGGGGCUGCUGCUGCUGCGUCUUCGUUGCCCCUGUCAACAACCCCCGUGCCUGGCGAGAUGGCGGACGAUGGGAGUGGCAGCUACGAUUUCCUGACGGCCAUCGCCUCGCAGGAGCGGAAAGUGCUUGAGCUACGCGAGGAGCUGCAGCGCGCCGAGUCCGAUCUGGCUCUCCUCAAGAAACAGUGGGCGCUGUCCGAGCGCGCGAAGAAGAAGACCGAGAUCAGCUAUCGCGCUGAACAGAUGCUGCCGCUCAAGUCGCCCGACCGGGUCGACGAUUCUUCUUCCUCUACUGCCAAUGCGUCUACCAUCACCCCUACUACUACCACAUCAACUACCACUACCACUACCACUACUACUACUACUACUACUACACCUCCUAAUACUUCGAACAUCACCACAGCGAACCUUCGACACAGUCGCGAGCUCGAACGACGGACUAGUCUGCGGUUGGUCACGGCGACGAAUAACACCCCGGCGGCGCCGGGGACGAGUAUCUCGGCAAACGGACGGCGGGUGUUUCACGGCUCACACACGCGGACGCUGUCGUUGCUGUCACCGUCCGCAAAUGGUACCAAUGGAAGUGGAAGGCCAGGCGAGUUGGGAUCAGGAGAGCGCGUGUCGCGCCCGCCCCGGUCGGCAACGCUGCCCUCCGUGGAACGCAGCCGACCCACCGAUCUGCUAGGCCACACUCCGAACGUGUCGAACGAAACCGGCAACCGAGGGACUGCUGCCGCUGUCGCCGACCCGUCGGAGGAUCUUAUCACCAACUGGCGGCGGUCGAUGCCGCCGCCAUCGCGCGAGGCGCUGAUGCGCACGGGUAAGCAGAUGGCAUCGGACCUGCGCGAAGGGCUGUGGACGUUUUUGGAGGAUAUCCGCCAGGCGACGGUGGGCGAGGAAGGGAUCAACGCAACCGAGUCGCGAACAGUGCCUGCACGGGCCCAGCGAGAUGUCAGCACUGCCUCGCGGAGCCGGGAUCGGCUGUCUGUGAACAACAACAACGGGGGUAACAAUUCGCAGAGGAAACUGUCGCGGUCGCCGUCGGCAAGGUCUGUGUCUUCAAGGUCCAUGUCGUCCACGGGGAGAGGCAGGGAGACCUCAUCGACGACAACCACUACCUCUGGUAAUAAAAAAACCACUCCGGCCGUGUCCACGGACAUUGACUCGUCGUUUUGGAGUGAAUUCGGCGUUGAUACAGCUGGGCAGACGCAAAACCACAAUCAAAACCACAACCACAAUCACAACAACCCACCACAACAACAUCAACAACAUCCCACCCGCAAGGCCUCCCCCCCCUCCCAACACGCGCAGACCGUGAACGCUCCCACCGAAGCCGCCGAUGACGGCUGGGAUUACUCGUGGGACUCUACUCCGCAGGCCAAGACGAAGACACACACCCCGUCCUCAAGCCGGUCGACUCUUGAAUCGAAACAUGAUGCCUCGCCCAUCACGCAGACGAGUAGUCGGACGAGUGCCCGAACGAGCGCAAGUUUCUCUGAAUUCAACAUUCCCGACCCUAGCGUCUCGGAUGGAAUCCCCUGGCCUGUACUGACGAAACUGGCACCCUCGAAACUGACACGGACUGCAUCGACGCUCAUGGCGGAAUGGGAGAGGAGUCUAUCGCCUUCCUUGGAUAAGGGGGAGAGCAAGAGGGAUUGAGUGGUAUAUAUUCAAAGUAUUUAGUACAGGUGUUGUAGAUAAAAGGAUGAAAUGACUUACUAAAUGGUUCAGUAUCUUGUGC